UGAUGGAACAACAUCUUUGAUGCUUGCUGUGCAGAGGAAGUGGGAGCAGACAGUAGAAAAACUUUUAGACAAUGGUGCUGAUGUUAACAUCGCAAAAACAGACGGAGUGUUAGCUCUUCAUUUUGGAAUUGAAUUUUGUUCUGAUGAAGCAAGCAAACCUUCAGAUGAAAAUGUAUGUGAGGAAAGUCUAGCUGCUGUCUCACCUGAACAACUCUGUAUCAUGAAGAAGAUUUUGGACCUUACUGACAAUACACUUAUCAUUCCAAAGUCAGCAGAAGCAAUCAAGUACAGUCUUUACCACUUGGCAGUUGAAUGGGACAAAAAGCACCUGUCACUGCUGACAUCUGGCAUCCUACACAGGGUGUCCAGAGACCAACAAGAAGAGGUCCUAGAACUUUUGGUGCUGCUUUAAAGUCAUGAGUAAAGGUUUAUACAGGAUAGCUCUAGCUGAAAGUAUCGAAGAUUUUGGAGUGGUUUGUUUUUUAUCACUGAUUUCUUGUAAACCUUGAAAUCCUUUAUCAAAUGAAUAAAAGGCCAAGAUCUUGACCUAGA